GUCUACUCACACUGAGAGUGAGCGGGGAGGAGGGAGGAUUGACUUUUACCUGCUGUAGACGCGGCGCUCUCCCCUCGCCUCCCCUCUUCUUUGCUCUUCCCUUCAACCCAGCCUGUCUGGAGCCGCAGAGGACUGUCAGCCUGUACAGACGAAGCACAAGAUCAGAGUGCUGGCAGAGCAACUGUGCCUACAGCUCUGCUACCUGCUCUACCACCCUGAAUUACUCUCCCUCACACACGCACACCAAAAUGCUCUCACAGGCACACAUUCAGAGAACUUUCUCUUGCGCGCACACACUUACAUGCUGACAAGCAGGCAGGCAGGCAGGCACACCCCCUCCCAUUAUCUGUGCGGCGAGCAAUUCUGCUCAUAUUGGUGUGAGCAGCGAGGGGCUGUACUUCACUCCUCAGCAGCAGCAGCAGCAGCAACAGCAGCAGCAGCAGUAGCAGUAGCAGGACGGGUCCAGAGGAGAGCAGUCAUCACCAGAGAUCACACUCCAGCUUCUACAACUGAAGCGUGUGCCAACGGGAUAACCAUGGAGGACACCCUCACCUGCAGCCAUGCCACCUUCUCCCAGGUGUUUGGACGCCAGGGACAGCUCAUGCAAGCCACGGUCCAGUCUCUCAACAGCCUGAACGACCAGAUUGCUCAGUUCAUGGUGACCAGACCUUGUAACCUGCCUCGUGAGGAGGAGGCCUUUGUGCCAGGAGAGAGGGACACCUUGAAGAAGUCCAUGACUCUGAUGAGACACCUGCUCGUGGACGCUCAGGGGAAAAUUCUUAAAAUGAUGGAAGACAACAAACAGCUGGCACAAAGGAUUGAUGGGGCCAUCCAGUCCGCCAGUCAGGAAGUGACCAACCUCCGCUCCGAGCUCUCUGCCACCAGCCGCAGACUGGCAGAGCUGGGUGCCAGCAGCCCCCCUGCUUUGGAGAACCACCACCAGCACAAUCACCACGAUGACAGCCUCCACUACCGGGAUCCAUCAGUGCAUCACAGACAGAAGACAGUGGUGACAGACAUGUGCUACCCGACAGAGAUAUCCAGCCUGAUGGACUUUGGCACCCCAGACUGCUCACUAGGCAAAGUAUUGUUGCGUGAGGAGGUGGCCCAGCUUCAGGAGGAGGUCCACCUGCUGAGGCAAAUGAAGGACAUGUUGAGCAAGGACCUAGAGGAGACCCAGGGAGGCUGCUCCGCCAAUGUGCUCUCAGCCACCGAGCUCCGUGUGCAGCUGGGUGACAAGGAGCAGGAACUGGACCGUGCCAAGGAGGCCUUACAAGCUAUGAAAGCUGACCGUAAGCGUCUAAAAGUGGAGAAGGCAGACUUGGUGAGUCAGAUGCAGCAGCUGUACGCAACACUGGAGAGCAGAGAAGAGCAGCUGCGGGAAUUCAUACGCAACUACGAUCAACACCGAAAGGAGAGUGAGGAUGCAGUGAAAGCCCUGGCAAAGGAGAAGGACAUGCUGGAGAGGGAGAAGUGGGAUCUGAGGAGGCAGACCAAAGAAGCCACAGAACAGGCCAACUUGCUGCGUUCUCAGAUGGACAUGAAGGAGAACAGGGUCAAAGAACUGGAGGCUGAGCUCACCAUGGCGAAGCAGUCUCUGGCCACUUUGACAAAAGACGUACCGAAGCGGCACUCACUGGCCAUGCCCACAGAGCCCGUGGUGAACGGCAGUCAGGAGUGGGUGAUGCAGGCUGACCUGCCGCUCACUGCCGCCAUCCGUCAGAGCCAACAGACCCUCUACCACGGACACACCACGGACAGACAGGCUGUGGUCAGGAUCAGCCCCUGCCACUCUCGCCAGCCCUCUGUCAUCUCCGACGCCUCGGCAGCAGAUGGAGACCGCUCGUCCACGCCCAGCGACAUCAACUCACCUCGUCACCGGACCCACUCCCUCUGCAAUUCCAUGGAGGACCUGGAGGACCAGAAGCGUAAGAAGAAGAAGGAGAAGAUGACUCUGGGAUCCCUGUCCCGGGUGUUCGCACGAGGCAAGCAGCGCAAGUCACUGGACCCUGGCCUGUUUGAUGGUACAGCCACACCUGAUUAUUACAUAGAGGAGGAUGCCGACUGGUGAUGUUGAGUGUGUGAGGGUGUGUGUGCGCGCGCGUGUGUGUGUGUUAAAUUUGUGUGGAUAUCCACCUGGCUUUAACUGUGUGUAAAGAAUGUUUUGUGUGUGGGUUUGUCUGGAGGGGGGGAGGGGGUAAAUUUUAAAAAGAAAAGCCUAAAAGAGACUGCUAUCCCAUAAAUGUACAGUAUAUUACCCUUAAAUUGUAUGUUUGUAAAUUAGAUAUAUAUUUAUAGAUGUACAUGUAUGCAUAUGUAUAUAUGUUUACAUGCAUAUAAAUAUAUACAUGGGGUUAUUAUUAUGUGUAGACAUGUUUAUGCUGUAUUAUCUUCCAAAUGUCUUAAUGUUUUAUGUUUUUUUUAUAACUGGAGACUUGAAGGACUGCUGUUCAUAUGUAAAUAGGAGUUAUUGUGAAACUAGUGUUUUUACUGUAAAUGUCAUUUGGCUUUUGUUACUUUACAGUUGCUUUUAUCAUGCUUUGCAACAUUGACUUCUAAGUUUCUUCUUAUUCCCAGUCUUACUCGGCCCAUUUCUUAUUAUGAAAGAGGAGAUAUUACCUGAUUGGCUUAAAAAGAAAUUGAUCUCUUGGAGUUUAAUUGGCCAAAAAUAGUGAUUUGUUUGAGAGGUAUGGCCAUUAUGGUUAUUUUAUAAAUGCUGCCACACAGUAUUUUAACACAUCACAAUGUGGGCAGCGGGGAGUUUUUUCAUGAUAGCCUCCUCAUCCAUUUUAUGCUUUAAAAAAAAAUCACAUUAUCAGUUACUGUAAUUAACGACUGGCCGACAAGGUUUUCAGAGUCAGUCUUCCUUAUAAUGUAAUUGCACAGACCUGAAUCACACAAACAAACAAUAGAUUAACAGUGAUGCAUAUUCGGGCACGCCUCUCGUCUGCUGUCGUAACCAUGUGCGAGUGCCAAAGGUUAAACACUCAUCCCUAGAAAAUCUGCGUAUCAUUCUGUCACUGUUAGCACUAGCCUCCUAACAUUGUUUCUGUCUGACUCAUUUCUGACUGAGCGCUACCUAACAUGUGCCAAUAUGAGACGAAGGAAUGUGCAUUUAACACCUGCAUGCUCCCUCUGUGUUGCUUUGAUUAGAUGUCCAUUCAUUGCCAAUCAAAUUAAUAAUCUCCACAGUUCCUGUGUUGCUCCUGU